AUGAAGAGGAAGCUACUGGAACAGCUGAUGAUGAGGGAGAUGAAGAGGAAACUACUGGAACAGCUGAUGAUGAGUGUGAUGAAGAGGAAGCUACUGGAACAGCUGAUGAUGAGGGAGAUGAAGAGGAAGCUACUGGAACAGCUGAUGAUGAGGGUGAGGAAGAGGAAGCUACUGGAACAGCUGAUGAUGAGGGAGAUGAAGAGGAAGCUACUGGAACAGCUGAUGAUGAGGGUGAGGAAGAGGAAACUACUGGAACAGCUGAUGAUGAGGGAGAUGAAGAGGAAGCUACUGGAACAGCUGAUGAAGAGGGGGAUGAAGAGGAAGCUACUGGAACAGCUGAUGAUGAGGGAGAUGAAGAGGAAGCUACUGGAACAGCUGAUGAAGAGGGAGAUGAAGAGGAAGCUACUGGAACAGCUGAUGAAGAGGGGGAUGGAGAGGAAGCUACUGGAACAGCUGAUGAUGAGGGUGAUGAAGAGGAAGCUACUGGAACAGCUGAUGAAGAGGGAGAUGAAGAGGAAGCUACUGGAACAGCUGAUGAAGAGGGGGAUGGAGAGGAAGCUACUGGAACAGCUGAUGAUGAGGGUGAUGAAGAGGAAGCUACUGGAACAGCUGAUGAAGAGGAAGCUACUGCAACAGCUGAUGAUGAGGGUGAUGAAGAGGAAGCUACUGGAACAGCUGAUGAUGAGGGUGAUGAAGAGGAAGCUACUGGAACAGCUGAUGAUGAGGGGGAUGAAGAGGAAACUACUGCAACAGCUGAUGAUGAGGGUGAUGAAGAGGAAGCUACUGGAACAGCUGAUGAUGAGGGUGAUGAAGAGGAAGCUACUGGAACAGCUGAUGAUGAGGGGGAUGAAGAGGAAACUACUGGAACAGCUGAUGAUGAGGGGGAUGAAGAGGAAGCUACUGGAACAGCUGAUGAUGAGGGUGAUGAAGAGGAAGCUACUGGAACAGCUGAUGAUGAGGGUGAUGAAGAGGAAGCUACUGGAACAGCUGAUGAUGAGGGGGAUGAAGAGGAAACUACUGGAACAGCUGAUGAUGAGGGGGAUGAAGAGGAAGCUACUGGAACAGCUGAUGAUGAGGGGGAUGAAGAGGAAGCUACUGGAACAGCUGAUGAUGAGGGGGAUGAAGAGGAAGCUACUGGAACAGCUGAUGAUGAGGGAGAUGAAGAGGAAGCUACUGGAACAGCUGAUGAUGAGGGAGAUGAAGAGGAAACUACUGGAACAGCUGAUGAUGAGGGAGAUGAAGAGGAAACUACUGGAACAGCACCAUGUCUUUUAG